UGUGACUUUGACGUAGAAAAAAGUGUAUCACAAUCACAUAACUCUGUCGUAGUUGUAUUUUUAUUUAAUUAGGGCGAAUAUUUUUUAAUUUAGUGGCCCGUAACCAGUUUAGGGCAGAUCAUUAUACCAAAAAAACACAACAGAACCAGACUUCGCGAGCGACACUUGACCCAAUCGUUGUAAAAUCGAUAUCUAUACAUAUGUGUGAAUAACGAGCAUCCGACCACAACCACGCGUUCUGAAGGGUAUUUGCGUUGCGAAGAUGCAUACGCUAAAUUGGACCUCGCGUUUAAUAUCCCGGGCGUUUCGAAACAGUUUCUCAACGUUGCUAGACUCGGCGACUGGUGCGACAACCAAAGGUGCUGCCAAGCCAAACUCAACUAGAUCUCGGCCACGAUUUGUCUCGGUGGUGUGUGGCUUUGCAAAGGACAACCUGAGGCACAAGUACAAGCCAGGCAAGUAUGGCGAAGACUCCUGGUUCAAGGCCUCUACUGAGACGGCCGACGUAAUGGGCGUGGCCGAUGGCGUCGGUGGUUGGCGCAGCUAUGGCAUUGAUCCUGGCGAGUUCUCAUCGUUCCUCAUGCGCACAUGUGAGCGCCUCGUGCAAUGUGCCCACUUCAAUCCUCAGCGACCCGUCAACCUGCUUGCCUACAGCUACUGCGAGCUAAUGGAGCAAAAGAAGCCCAUACUUGGCAGCAGCACUGCCUGCGUGCUCAUACUGAAUCGAGAGACGAGCAUGGUGCAUACGGCGAAUAUCGGAGACAGCGGUUUUAUUGUAGUGCGGCAGGGUGAGAUUGUGCACAAAUCGGAGGAGCAGCAGCACUACUUCAACACACCCUUCCAACUGUCACUGCCCCCGCCUGGACAACACAAUGUGCUAAGUGACAGUCCCGAGUCGGCAGACACCAUGAGUUUUCAGGUGAAGGAAGGUGACGUAAUUCUCAUUGCCACCGACGGCGUCUUUGACAAUGUGCCCGAGGAUCUUAUGCUACAGGUGCUGCGCGAUGUUGAGGGAGAACGUGAUCCCGUUAAACUGCAAAUGACAGCUAAUACGCUGGCCCUGAUGGCUCGCACCCUAUCUCUCAAUAGCGAAUUUUUGUCGCCUUUCGCCAUCAGCGCCCGACGCAACAAUAUUCAGGCUCGUGGCGGCAAGCCCGACGACAUAACUGUGGUACUCGCGACUGUGGCGAUGUGAAGCAUCGAGUUUCCCCAUCCCCAUUUAGUUUUAAAUGUAAUUAGUUUGUAGCCUGUACUCGUUUAGUUUUUAGGAGUGCGAUUGUUCGGUAGGUGUGUCUAAGUUAAGCAGCGUGUUGAGAUUGAGAAAGAUACUUCAAUUGUUAGUAACAAAACAAACACAUACACUACAUUUAUGUAUACAAACAAACUAAAGCGUCCUGGUGAGCGACCGUAGAUAUGCAAAGCCCAAAGCGAUAAAAACCCAUUUCAAACGAAUGCAAUGCCUUAAACUUCAUUCAUAUGUAUAGAUAUGUAUGCAUAUGUAUAUUAUAUUAUAUUAUGUAUAAGUAGAAGUGCUUUGUAAACGAAAGUUAUCAGCCGAAAUGAUCGGUGUCGUCAAUGGCAUCGGUUAACGAGUUCUAAUCAACAACAAAAUGCGAGAAGCAAUAUAUACACACACACACGUGCAUACAUAAUUAUACACUAAGUACCCAAAUAACAAUAACUACAGCAUGUAGUCAUAAUGCAAGCGCUUUGCAAUUUACUGAACUGAAAAUUAAUUCAGGCGACUGUCCAAAAGUUGUUAGUCAAAUGUAUUCACUGAUAUUGCGAUCCAAUAAAAAAUUUGCAUUGAAACUUAA